GCGCCCGAGGCCGACUACCUGACGGCGUGCGUGGUGUCGGUGCUGCAGAUCCACGCGACGCAGCCGCCCGGGGACAUCCUGGUCUUCCUCACGGGACAGGUGGUGGUGGCCACCAACAUCGCGGAGACGUCGGUGACCAUCGACGGCAUCGUCUACGUGCUGGACCCCGGCUUCUGCAAGCAGAAGAGCUACAACGCGCGCACCGGCAUGGAGGCGCUCGUGGUGACGCCCUGCUCCAAGGCGUCGGCCAACCAGCGCGCGGGGCGCGCGGGCCGCGUGGCGCCCGGCAAGUGCUUCCGCCUCUACACGGCCUGGGCCUUCCAGCACGAGCUGGAGGAGGAGACGGUGCCCGAGAUCCAGCGCGCCAACCUGGGCGCCCUGGUGCUGCUCUUGAAGAGCCUGGGCAUCAACGACCUCGUGCACUUCGACUUCCUGGACCCGCCGCCCCACGAGACGCUGGUGCUGGCGCUGGAGCAGCUCUACGCGCUGGGCGCCCUCAACCACCUGGGCGAGCUCACCACGCUGGGCCGGCGCAUGGCGGAGCUGCCCGUGGAGCCCAUGUUGGCCAAGAUGAUCCUGGCGUCGGAGCAGUACGGCUGCACGGAGGAGGUGCUCUCGGUGGCGGCCAUGCUCUCGGUGAACAACGCCGUCUUCUACCGGCCCAAGGACAAGGCGGUGCACGCGGACAACGCGCGCAUGAACUUCCACGUGCCGGGCGGCGACCACCUCGUGCUGCUCAACGUCUACAGCCAGUGGGUGGAGAGCGGCUACUCGGUGCAGUGGUGCUACGAGAACUUCGUGCAGCUGCGGUCGCUGCGGCGCGCGCGGGCCGUGCGCGAGCAGCUCCAGGGCCUCAUGGAGCGCGUGGAGCUGCUGCCCUCGUCCUGCCAGGGCGACCUGCGCCAGGUCCGCAAGGUGCGGACACCGCCCCGAAACGCCCCGAAACACCCCAAAAUCGCCCUGAAACCACCCCGAAAUGCCCUGAAAGGCCCCAAAAUCGCCCUGAAACCACCCUGA